UGGCCACUUGCUUGGUGAUUAUAACAUUGUGUCCUUAACUGUAUUUUCUUGUGUUACUGGUGUUUUCUUCCUUGUUUCCUUAGUCCUUUUCAGCAUUGUCCUUCCUGCAUCUUCCUGAUAGAUCUGCUUUACUGAGUAAUGGAUCCCAUUCUUGAAUUCAAAAGGAACUACCUUCUCUGCGAGAAGACCUGGGAUUGCCUGUCAGUGCAUCUGCACAGAGUCUGCAUGAAGACAGAUCCUGAAGAAGCCAUUGAAGCAGUAGUGGAGCGGGCAACAGCAGAAAUGCGUGUGCUUCUGGCAAUAGGCAGGGUGAUUAAUUACGGCCGGCUGGGUCAGAUUUUGGGUGCUGCUGACCCAAUCAGCAGGCUGAUUGAAGAACUGGAGAGUCACUUUUUGGUGGUGACCGGUGUGCCCCCACCACUACCUCCUACCAGUGCAAGGGCAGAGCCUUCCUCCUCCAGAGCCACACAACCAACAGGGUUGGACAGCGAACAGUCAAAGCUCCUCUGUCAGCGGUGUCAAGAGCAGCGGCGAGACCUUUCAAUGGUGAGAAUAUCAGUUUUUAUAGCUUUACUGAUUGUGUUUCUUUGGAAUAAUUGUGUCAGACAUAUGCAGUUUUAUAACCAAACUUUUUCCUCAUUGCAGUUACACUGGUGUGCAGUGGACCAACCCGGCAAGAAAGCUAAUGGCAGAGAAGGGGCUUUACAAGAAGCACUCUAUCAACCAUGCAUUGCUGAAGGGUUUUUUUUUUUUUUAACAGGAGGUGAGGACUACCAUAAAAACAUUUUAGAGUUUAUUAAAAGUUUGAUAUCGAAGAAAAAUGUUUUCACACUGUAAAAUAGUCAUGAUGACGAGGUCAUCUAGCGUGUCCUUUUUUUCCCCCAGGUUGAAAACGUUGCACGUUUUCUUUGUUACAUGGACCCACAGGCACCAUCCCUGGAAUUUGUCUGGGACACGGAGAAGACUCAGCAGUUUUUCAGGGAGCUGACUGAUGCGGGGUUUUCAAAGCAGACUCAACUUAAUUACAUGAAAAAUCUGAAAGGGUUGGUAGAAUUUGAUUUCUUUUUCGUAUUAAAACUUGUGCACACAAGAACUUAAUUGUGCUUAAAUACAUGUACAUACUUUUUACUUGUACUUUCUGUACAGAUUCGUCCCUGUUGGAAACUUUCUAUUCUCUAUUCCCUCAGAUAUGUAUAAGUAUGUUUAGGUUAUAGUUUAGUUUCUGUCUCAUGAACUUUUCAGACCUGUCUGAUGUGUACGUGCCAGCAAACAUGUCACCAUAGAAACUCCCUAUUUUCUGUUAAGUGAACAGAUACCAUAUAUGUUCGGAAACCUGUACAUUCUUGUAUUGCCCAAGAUGUUUUUCAUGUACGUGGCUAGACAGUUCAACUGCCAUAUU